AUGACAGUCGGUGCAAAGAAGUUUACUCCAGAGGUGUUGCUCUCUGCCCCGCGUCGCUCUGCGGCAACGCCUAAUGCAGCUGGGACUUUGGCCUUGUUCUCCGUAUCAACAUACUCUUUUCACUCACAUUCGAAAACCAGCGAAAUUCGAGUACUGGACAUCAAGACGGGCCAGUCAGAGCUGUUAACCAAUGAUUUAGCGGCGAGUGAACCAACAUGGCUUGGAGAUCACAACCUAGUGUUGUGGCUGAAAGGGGGAGAGAAAGGCACAACAGAACUCGUCGUGGCCGAUGCUGAGCACUUAGACAAUAAGCCGGAAGUAUUUAUGACCGUUAACGGCCCGGUCUCCAAUAUGAAAGUCGCGCGAAUUGACGCCGAUAACAUAGCCCUCGCAGUGACCGGGCUGGCUACCCCGUCUGGGGACUUAUACAACCCAAAAACAGCAGAGAAGCCUAUAUCAACCGCCAAGAUCUAUUCGAAGUUAUUCGUGAGGCAGUGGGACAGCUAUGUGACGGAGAACAAAAGCUCAAUCUUCUACACAGUUUUAUCGAGGUUGCAGGGUGUGUCUAAAAUGACCGUGGCACCACUGAAGAAUGCAUUGGCAGAUCUCUCAGUACCCCUCGAAACCCCAGUCCCUCCAUUUGGAGGUGCAGGAGAUUUUGAUAUCAGCAAGAAUGGCAUUGUUUUUGUCGCCAAAGAUCCAACCCUGGACCCUGCGAAUUAUACCAAGACCGACCUAUAUUAUAUCCCUCUCAGGACGUUUACCGAACGUCAAGCACCUACGCCUCAAAUCGUGAAGACUGGGAACCUGAGAGGUUACAGUAGUUCGCCGGUAUUCUCCCCGGACGCUAAAUCGGUGGCCUUUGCGAGGAUGAAGAGUGACCAGUAUGAGAGUGACAAACCAAGACUCCUCCUUGUCCCUGAUAUCACGGACCUCUCAAAUGUUCAAGAGUUCUAUGAAACAGAAGACGGUGAAGGCAAGUGGGAUUUGAGACCGGAAUCCAUCAUAUGGAGUCGAAAUGGCGAGGAGCUUUAUGUGACAGCGGAAGAAAAUGGACGUGGGAAGCUAUUCAAGCUACCUGCAUCCCCUCGCCACGCAACACAUUUACCCACGGCUAUCAUCGAAAAUGGGACCGUUACUGACGUUAAAGCUUUACCCAACAAUCGUAUUUUUAUCAGCAGCACGUCGUUAGUUGAUAACAGCAUAUACUCCAUUUACAUUCCGGACGAUCCUUCAGGACGAUUAACAGUGUCGUCAAACGCGAAGGGUGGGAAGACUUUUGGCUUAUCCCAAGACCAAGUUCACGAAUUUUGGUAUCAAGGUGCAGGGGACUACAGCGUGCAUGCUUGGGUUGUCAAGCCGUCGUUCUUUAAAAAGGGUCAGAAGUAUCCCUUAGCAUAUCUUAUACAUGGAGGACCACAAGGAGCUUGGAAUGAAGGCUGGUCGACUCGCUGGAACCCUGCCGUGUUCGCAGAGCAGGGCUAUGUCGUGGUAGCGCCUAAUCCAACAGGGAGCACAGGAUAUGGAAUGGCGCUCCAGAACGGAAUCAAGAAUGAAUGGGGCGGCAGGCCGUACGAAGAUCUUGUUAAGGGAUUCGAGUACAUCGAGAAAAACAUGGACUACGUCGAUACCACCCGAUCCGUCGCCCUUGGUGCAAGCUACGGCGGUUUCAUGGUCAAUUGGAUCCAAGGUCAUCCGUUAGGACGCAAAUUCAAGGCAUUAGUAACCCACGAUGGCGUCUUUAGUACCCUCAAUCAGUACUCCUCCGAGGAAUUAUUCUUCCCGCACCACGACUUCGGGGGGACCUUAUGGGAGAACCGCGAGAACUACGAGAAGUGGGACCCAGCCCGACAUUUGGAGAAUUGGGCAACACCUCAUUUGAUUAUUCACAAUGAGUUGGAUUACCGGCUCCCGAUCGCCGAGGGCUUAGCACCAUUUAACGUGUUGCAAACAAAGGGAAUUCCGAGUAAAUUUCUGACAUUCCCUGAUGAAAAUCAUUGGGUGUUGAAACCUGAAAACUCACUUGUCUGGCACAAAGUGGUAUUGGAUUGGAUCAAUAAGUAUAGCGGGGUUACAUCGGACUAG